AUCCUUUCUUUGCUUGGAUUGCGUUCUAAAAACACAAGUAAAAUUAAGGAAUUGUUAUGACUCAUUCAACAUGUUCUGUUGAAGGAGAACAUCAGAAAAGUUGAGCACUUUAAUAAAAUUUUAAAUGACACCCUUCAAAGUGCACAUGCUACCUUGCAAUCAGAAAGAGAGAGAGAGAGGAAUGUCAAGAAUCAGGGAGUGCUAAGAGUUGGCUGCUUUUACUGUAAUUUGACUUUGGAGGCUUUUUGUUCAUUGGGUGAGGUGAGCAUAGCAUAUUCGCUUGCUGUUUACCAUAGUAGAGAGUGGGCCUCUGGGAGACAAACCUCCAUCUGCACAGCUGGCAUUUCACUAGGACCACCAUGAGGAGUUUGCUAUUUCAAGGACUAGGAAGUAUCUUUUAUUUUCACAACUAGGUCAUUACCACAUCAUUCAGACCUGCCCUCCAAGAUAGGGAGAAAAUCCCCCAAGAUAGUUGAGAGAUGAAGGGCAAUAGCAAAUUGUAUACUGCCUUCUUCUCUUAAUGCUCAACAACGUUCAGUGUGCAUAGAGGAAUAUUCUCCUAAGAAAGCCAUUUGUGAGCCCUUUGACUGGAACUAUUUUCCAUGUUCUUUGCCUUCUCCUUGUUGUAUUUAUGCCCCAGGAUCUUUCUUUGUUGCCAUGCACAGUCCUGUUGCACUCACAUUGUUGUGCGAUCAUUAUUUCUUGAAUGUAUUUUCUCAUAUGUGUCCUAAAGUCAGAAGAUGCAAACGGUCAGUUGGAGGAACUGAGAGCCUGGAGGUCCAAUAAACGUGCACUGGAAGGUAUGUUGUCUGUUGGGGAGAAAUCCCCAUAUGGUGGCAAUGACUUUGCAUUGGGAAGGGAAAGAAUGCCUUCUUGCCUUCACACUAGUUGCCCUUUUCCUGUCACCCCAAAACCAAGUCUCAGGUCAUAUGCACAUGCACAAAAUAACCAUUUUUUUUUUACAGCAAGGAAAAAGGCCGUGGAAGACAUUCGUAAUGAUUUGGGUUCUAUUAAAGCAAUCAGGGAAGAAACAGCCAAAAGGCUGAAGGAGAGAAGAGACGUCCUUGAUGAAUUCUAUGAAGAAAGAAAAAUGGCUACAGCAAAGAAUCUGGAUAUGACAAACUGUGAACUAGUGGCAAUGAAGAAUCAGAUGGCAACUGCAGAGGAAAAUCUGAAAAAAGCUACAAGGGACAUAGACAAGUGCAAACAGGAAAUUGAACAAACACGAGAACAGCUGCAGAAGGCAGAACUCACCUUCACACACCAGGUCGCAGUUUAUGAGCGUAAUGCUGCGGAAAACUGGAUCAAGACUCAGAUCUGGGAGACGAAAAUGGCGGGACAGAGCCGGGAGAUCGCCCGCUUGAAAUACAGACUGGAUGGGAUGGAAGGAGAGAGGCUGGUUGAGGCAUACAGGAGGUGGAGACCAAUGCCUGGAGGUCCAGAGAUGCAGAACGCUCCGAGGAGAGAGCCUUCAGCCGAAGUUGGUGUCACUCCCAUGAGUCACAACUACAAGCAGUCUACCAACAAUGCCGAGAAGGACAAGGGCAGUGUGGAUCCGUGGCGACCUCCUCCAUCAACUGGAAGAUUCUGCACACCCUACCCUAGAGGCCACCGUAUGAUCUCCUGUGCACAUCCACCUCCUGUGCCAGGUUCGGGACCAUCCCGAAACCCUCCACCUGCACCACUUGGGCCUUUUUCAGAUCCACAUGUUGCUCCUGUGAGUAACAACAACACUGACUCUACCAAAAGGAUCACGGAGGACAAGGCCAUUAUGAAUGCAAGAGGGCCUGGUCCUUCCCCAGGAUCGCCUUGCAGGCUGUCCCCCAUGGACCACCCUUCACCACCAGUCACGGGCGAUGGGCCACCUCCGCCUCCUCCACCAGCUCCUCCACGAACUAAAUUUGGUUUGCGUCUCCGAAAGUUCCCUCGCAAUCUCCUGAGGUUUUGCCUGUGUUCCUGCUGUGUCAGCUCUAACACCAGCUCUCGGCGGUCAUCUCAGAGCCUCAGGAGAAUGCGAAAUUUGAAGAGGACCCUGAACUAUGACCAACAGGCUGUGGUGAUGUGAUAUAUUUAGAAAAGUUGUCUGAUAUGCGUAUUUGACUGAAUUCUUUCCCUGACCAUUCCUGUCCCCUCUAUUUUGUUUUUCCUCGUUUCCCUUAAUAAACCCAUCACAGUUCUGUA